GUCCUCCCCGCGGUCCGGGCUCAGCUCCCUCCGUCCUUCUCGCGAACAGCCUCCCGAGCCCCUCCCUCCUCCCGCCGCCAGCAUGGUUCACUGGACCGCCGAAGAGAAGCAGCUGAUCACCUCCCUCUGGAGCAAGGUGGACGUGGCCGAAAUCGGCGGCGCCACCCUGGCCAAGCUGCUGGUGGUGUACCCCUGGACCCAGCGGUUCUUCGCCCACUUCGGGAACCUCUCCGGCGCCAGCGCCAUCUGCGGCAACCCCCAGGUCAAGGCCCACGGGAAGAAGGUGCUGACCGCCUUCGCGGAGGCCAUCAAGCACCUGGACAACGUCAAGGAGACCUUCGCCAAGCUGAGCGAGCUGCACUGUGAUAAGCUGCACGUGGACCCCGAGAACUUCAAGCUUCUGGGCAAUAUCCUCAUUAUCGUCCUGGCCGGCCACCAUGGAAAAGAGUUCACCCCCUGCUGCCACGCUGCCUUCCAGAAGCUGACCGGUGUGGUGGCCCACGCCUUGUCCCACCGGUACCACUAGACCUCUGGCUGGGCAUAGCAGCCGCCUGCCCCCCUC